AUUGCUUAAGUCGUUUAUUUAUGUUUGAUGAAGCACAAAAGUUGAUUGAAGAUUAUGAAAAGACAAAUACACCAAGUAUUGUCAUGUAUAUGUCUUUGUUAUCCAGUGCACGUAAUAAUCGAAAUAGUAAUUUAUCUGAAAAAAUAUAUAAACGAAUGAAAACUUUAUUUCCUAAUGCAAAAGAACGUCUUGUAUCCGGUGUGAUUCUUCUUUCAAAUAUAUAUUCGUCAUUAGGCAGAUAUGAAAAAGCUAAAAAUUUUCGCUCUAAUCAAAUAGAAGAAUUGGGAGUCAAAGUAAAAGUAGGAUUAUCAUGGACUGAAAUAAAAGGUCAUAUAGUGCAACUUAAAGCUCAUGAUCAUUCUCAUCCACAAUCAACUGAAAUCUAUGCUAAAAUUGAUCAUUUAAAAUCAAAAGCGAUUGAAAAUGGUUUCAUAUUUGAUUCAUCUUGGAUAACUCGUUCAUUAAACGAAAAUGAAACAAUGGAAUCUGUUUUAUGUGGUCAUAGUGAACUAUUGGUAAUCGCAUUGAAUUUGAUUCAAGAACCUGCUCCAAAAUUUAUUCUAGUUGUUAAAAAUCUUCGUGUUUGUGGUCAUUGUCAUGAAUUUACAAAAGUGAUAGCAAAAGUUGAACAAUGUGAUAUUGUUGUUCGUGAUGCUAACCGUAUUCAUCACUUUUAUCCAAAUGGUCAAUGUUCGUGUCAAGACCAUUUUUGA